AUGUACUUCACCACCUCGUCCGCUUCCUUCGCGCGCGCGCACUCCUCGUGCGCCAGUCCCGCCGUCCACGCCCCCGCGCCGCCCGCGCACAUGUGCAGCAGCACGUUGCACGAGUGCGGCGCCAGCGCGUACGCUUCGCUCCUUCGCGCGUCCUCGAACGCGUCCCACGCCGCGGCGAACUCGUCCCGCUGA